UAUUACGCAUGCGUAGAGUCCUAAUUACUUUGGCUGCCAGAAGAUCCGCUGUUAGGUCGUGAGAAGCUCCGGUUGACAAAAUGAAGAGUUUACUAGCUGCUGCGUUUGCGAUUAUCACACUGUACUUUAUAUUUGACAGUGGUAGCGCGAUUAAGUGCUAUGAAUGCAACUCCUUCUUUCAAUCAGAUUGUGCAGAUUGGUUUGACAACAAAACACACAACUUAGUUGAUUGCGGAGAUGAAGUCAAAAUGUGCCGAAAAAUUGUACAGGAAGUUUACUACAACGAUGACUGGGAUGUGAGGUACAUAAGGCAAUGUGCCGCGAGUGGAGAAGUUGGAGAUAAUGAAGGCCGUAGUUGCAAGGACAGGACAGGCACAUAUCGUGUCAAAGUCCGAUACUGUCACUGUAACAACCAAGAGGGAUGUAACGGUGCCAGCAACAUCAAAGUUCCUGCCCUUCUUCUUGCCGUGCCACUUCUCACAUCAAUAGGACUGUUCUUUUCAAAAUAUUUAUGAAAUUAAAAAUAACUUAGAACUCUUUUUAAACAAAUUAUCUCAGGGUUUUCACUUAGAAAUUCAAAAGACCAGAGAUUUAACUGGCAGCUGUAACUGAAUUGCUUUUAUGUGAGAUUCUGUUAUCAAGCUGUCAGUUAAUGCAGAGAGUGAAAACAGGAGACCAACCACAUUUGCAUUUUGGGAUUCAGAAUACUUUGAUUAGGACCAUAAAAAAACCAAACACAAUUCUCUGGCAUUUCAUCUUUGGGCCAAAACGUGAUCAUGAAGACAUGAGUUCAAGAUUUGAAAACCCUGAUCUGUUUUGUGGGAUAAUGGUAAUUUUAUCUUCUUUGACAGUAUAUGAAAAGAUUCUUUUAAAAUACUUUCCUUUCUGUAUUGGAUUCACUCAUUUUGCUUUAGAAUAAGAUAUAUAUUUGAGCCCUUGCUCAACCAAAAGCUUUAGUUGAUGACUCAAAAUAAAGCAAUAAUGUCAUUACGGAAUAAGGAAUCUGAAAUGUAAAUAAAUGUACUUUUUAUCUGCAGCUUUUUAUUAUGGUUGGGGAGAGCAGAUUAUCAUUUUGUUCUGUCCCAAUAAAUUUAUUGUAAAUAACUCAAAUGGAUAAUAGCUAGAGCUGUUAAUUAGUCUGGAUUUUUUUCUUCUGGUUUAUAUUUUUGUACCAUUGAUUUUUAAUGAUAACUGAAUUUCCUGUCUGUUGUUAGGGAAUUGUUAUUAAUUUUUUCCUUCAAAAAUUAUGAUUAUGUGUAUAUGCAGUUCUUGAUCACCUACGCAUACAAUUAAUCAUAAAUUAUACCUGCAUUUUUCUUCUUAGAACUUUUCACAGGUUCGUAUUUCAAUAAAACAGAAUAUAGCUAAAAUGAUAUUAAACUGACUAAAUCAAGAUUCUUUUUGUUCAAAAAUUGGCCUGUUUUUUUUUCAUUCUAUUUUGUUAAAACUGUACAUAAUAUAGGUUCCUAUACAGAUAUUUGUAGACAAAUGUUGAAAUCUUGAGAGGUGAUAUAGGAGAACAAUAUAAACAUUUUAACAUUAUUAAUAUUACAAAAUGCAAAUAUGUUGUUAACGACUAGCGUCAGAUUAUUUUAAAUUGUUUUAGGAUUGGAUGAAUGCGACUAGUUUAAAUAUUUGUACUUCACAUUGACCUUUUUGUACAAUAGAUAUUGUAAACAGUACCAUAAGUUUGUGUUAUUUUUAAAAUUAAGUAGGAAUAAUGAAGAAGAACUGUAUGGAAUUUUUUACUCUUAAGAAAAGCUAAUAAACAGCAAAAUUUAGCAAAGCCUUGAAAGCUACCAGUAUUCCAUGUUUAGUGGUAUGCCUGUUAUCAAAGCUAUGUGAAACUGGAAAAAAUCUUAUAAACUGAUGAGAAGAAUGUGAUAUGAAUGAUUAUAGACUUGAAUGAUAUGCACUUAAUUGAACUAUAUAUAAAGUUGCAAGGAUGAAGGAAGGUAAAUUGAACAUGUUAUGAAGCUGUGAGCAAUUUUCCUGUUCGUCUUUUGUGUAGUAAUGUGCAAAUACUAAUUGCUUAUUAGUGUACAGUUUUUCCAUUCUUUCACAAAAAAACGUUUUUUUAUAUUGAAAGCAUAAUAUGUAUCCUGAAAAAUCUUCACUUGAUUAAUGUGCCAUUAGAAAUUUUAGCAUAGAAAUUUAUGAUGUUGAUAUUGCCAACAAAUUUUAUACUUUUAGCAUAACCUGAACUGCAUCCAAAUAUAAGAUUUAAUAUCAAUAAAUUCAGUAAUACAGAUUAAAUUUUGUUGAAUAGAUAUAGAAGUUUCAGCUUCCUUUUGGUUUUAUUGUAAAGAUUUGUAUCACAAAUUUCAUGUGUUUGGUGUCAGUGGUGCAUUUUUUUCCCCUGUACCCUAAGAUUUUUCUCCAGUAUUCGUCUACUUUGAAAAAGGAAUGAUUCAGGACAUUGUUUGGAAAUUUUUACAUAAAAGCGUCUUUUUCCAAACAAUAGCAGUCAUGUUUGACUGGUUUUAUUUUUGUUUUUUUGUAAAUUGUUUGUGUCAUAUUUUUUAAAAGAAGAGUAUUGAUUGUGAUCACAUGUCAUUAUUUCCUGAGUGAUGUGUUGGGCCGAUUUUUUUUUUAAAUAGAUCUAUAUUCGGUAUGUUUAUCUAUUCAGAAUGAAUUGAAGGAGAUUGUUACUUUAGAUUGUUCAUUUGAUAGAUACAUAACACUUUUAAAUUGUUGUUUUUUGGAAUGCAUGAUGACUUUUUAGUUGCCGUAUAAGGUAACUGUAGUAACACUGGUCACAAGUGCCUAGGGCACUUCGUUGUGUUGAUGCAAAAUGAUUCGUAUUAGCUGUGUAGUAGGUUGUGCAUACCUUUGUGAGCUUUUAAAUUCUCAUUGAAUGAAAUAUGUCUAAAGCUGAGAACUCUUUUGUAAGUAAUUCAACAACCCUUUAUUAGAUAUAGUCUUUAGCAAAGUACUUCAAUAAUUACUAAGGUUAUGGUUAUUCUGGUGUUAAAGAUGCGAGACCAGCUUUAGAGAUGACACAAAAUUAAAAGUGAUUAGAACCAAUAUAUUAAACAGUAUCAUUGAUUCUUAUUUCAUUAAAAAAGGCAUUUAUAUAUUAACAAUGGAAGUGAAUAGUAGAACAUAACUUUUUUAUUAUCUUUGUUGGCAUUGUCAUAGAUAACCAUGUGCAAUAUCAUUGUGUGUCAUCUUGUAUUAAACACGCAUACUCAAAUUAUAUCUCAGCACACUAAUAACCUAAAAUGCUACUGUAUACAAUGAAUUUAUACCUCCACCGUUUUAAUUCCACGGUCCUCUGAUAAUGGCUUCUGUAGAAAAGCAAAUAAGGUAGCCAUCUCUAUUUCAUAUCCAACCCUUGGCCCAAAAAUCUGUUUCUUUUGAAACAUCUUUUACAAGUUCAUAAUUAUAAAUAGAAACAUUAUCAAUUAAGUGUUAAUGUACCUUAAUAAUCAAAGUAGACCAAAUUUCUUGAGAUGCAAUUGUAUACAUAUCAAUAUCAUUCAUCAGUAUACAUGUGUGACAUACAAAACUAAUAUUAAUUUCAAAAACUACUUAUUUGCUUUUCUGACAAGUCUUCUUGGAGGAGCUAAAUUUUUAAAGUGAAAUUGCACAUUGUAAGGCCGGUUUUAUCUGAGCGAGUGUCGUAGAAUGUGUGCGAGCAGUGUCCUUACAUUCCCGUGUAACUGUUAGGAUGUGAUCAGGAUCUUUUGUGUUAAUAAAUGAUACCAUUUCAG